AUGGACUGUCCGCCAACUCGUCUCGUGCUCCCCGACGGUCGCCCGCUCGACCUGCACCUCACGUAUGCCAUCACGGUCGACGAGGCCCUUCGUCGCGCGCUGCCCUUUGCUAUCUCCUCGUCGCUCGCUUGCUCCGCCCUCCACCCCUCCUGCCACAUCUCCCUGCGCUCCGCCGACCGCGGCCUGCUGCGAGGCAGAUGGCGCGACCUUCCGCUCUCGCGGCACCUGCAGCUGGGGCGCACGUACCUCGUAGUGGUGGAGCGCGGGCCGCGCGGGGGGAGGCACAGCCUGCGGUACGACGGGCGCAGCAUGGCGGAGCUGGUGGCGGCUGCGACGGCCGUGGAGCACGCUGCAGGGUUAAGUUUGGAGGCGCCGGACGAGGGUGGUUCGCCGCCCUUGGCAGACCCGCUGCACGCAGCAUUGCUAGCCGCCGCGCGUGACGCGGUCAUGGCGGGAAGCUUCGACGGCCGCCACCAGCCUCCGCAUCCGCUAUGCCACCCGCCAUCCGCUAUGGUGCAUCACCUCUCCCCUCGCUGCCACCUCCCCGCGCACCUCUCACCCGGCGCGGCCCUGGAUGUCGAGGGGCUUCUCGACUCCGGACAGCCCUCCCCGCCCGACGGACGUGCUCGGCGCGCAGCGGAGCUGACCAAUGAGAUGGCCGCGCGCCUUGUAACUGCGGCGCGGAGAAUGUUGGAAGCGGGACAGUGGGACGCAUCUCGCGGCGCCUGUGGCGCUACAGGCGGGGACGCGCGAGGGUAUGGCGCAGCGUUUGGAGGGGAAAGAGCGGCCAAUGAACAGGACGAUGGCAGGGGUGAAAGAGCGGGGCCAACGGUGCAAGAAUUGAUGAUGUGGAUGGAGCGCGGGGAGUCGCACGCAGUAGUGCGAGGCGACGGCGAGAGCGACGAGGAGAACGACAACGAGGAGCGAGGCGACGAGGAGGCGGAUGGUGAGGGGGAAGAGGAGGCUGCAUGGCGGAGGAAUAUCGCGGAUUCGCGCACUCGCAGUCGGGUGCACGCGGACGGCGCGGCGCCACGUGUGGCAUAUGUCAAGCAAGAAGGCCUGCUGGGAGCGGCAGCGACGGACGGCAGCGCGGCAGAGGAGGGAGCAUCGUCCGGAGAAGCUCCAGGAAGGGUGGUGGAUGGGCGCGGCGGCGCGCGUGAGCAGCGCGGAGAGGACGCCAAAGGGAUGGUGGGGGGGGACGUGCGCGCAUUGGCCAGGGGAGGGGCCAAGGGGGAAGGUGCGGGCGUGAAGAGGAGCUGCGGGGAUGAGCGGGGAAGGGUGAUCGUAGCGGAGGAUGCACGCGACGGCGCGGAGGAGUGGGACAACGACGCGGAUGCUUUCUCGCUCAGCUUGGGCCCGGACGGCGACGAACAGCCGGCGCCGCCCCAUGCGGCGCGCGAGAAUAGGGAAGCGAGCGGUGAAGAGGUAAUGGCGAGCGGGCAGGAUCUGAUGAGUCCGUACCCGAGACGGCGGGACGGCGGGGAGGAACGGGAUGAGGGGAGUGGGUUGGAGGAAGUGGUGAAGGGCGGUGAAGAGGUUGGUGGUGCCUUGGGGAGUGGGGCAGCGGACGACGAGACAUGGGCGAAUGGGGAGGUGAGAGAUGGCGGAAAGAAUGCUGCUGUGGUGGAAGGCCCAAAGGGCGCGGAGAGCGCGGAGGGCGCGGAGGGUGCGAAUGAAGAAGAUGGUGCGGCUGACCCAGAGACGGACUCCCGCGGUGCGCUCGAAAAGGUGGUGGAUGGCAGUGGUGACGUGGAAGGGUGUAGAAACGUGGAGGAAAGUGGUGACGUGGAGGGGGGUGGUGACGAGGAGGAAUGUUGCGAUGUGGAGGGGAGUGGUGCAGUGGCAAUGGGUGGUGACGUGGAGGGGAGUGAUGGCGUGGAGGGUAGUGAUGCCGUAGAGAAUCUUGAUGACGUGGAGAAGAUUGAUGACGUGGACGGUUGUUGUUAUGUGGAGGGUAGUGAUGACGUGGAGGGGAGUAACGAUGUGCAGAGGAGUGAUGACGUGGGGGAAAGUGGUGACAUGGAAGGGAGUGGUGAAGACGAAAAACUUGGUGGCGUGGAGCAGAGCGAUGACGUGGAGAAGAGAGAUGACGUGGAGCAGAGCGAUGACGUGGAGCAGAGCGAUGACGUGGAGCAGAGCAAUGACGUGGGGCGGGACAAAGACGUGGAGUGGGGCGAUGACGUGGAGCGGGACGAUGCCGUGGAGCAGAACGAUGAUGUGGAGCAGAACGAUGCCGUGGAGCAGAACGAUGAUGUGGAGCAGAACGAUGACGUGGAGCAGCACUCUGACCUGGAGCAGCAUGGUGACAUGGAGCAGCAUGCUGACGUGGAGCAGCACGGAGACAUGGAGCAACAUGCUGACGUGGAGCAGCACGCUGACGUGGAGCAGCACGCUGACGUGGAGCAGCACGCUGACGUGGAGCAGCACGCUGACAUUGAGCCGCACGCUGACAUGAAGCAGCACGCUGACGUGGAGCAGCAAGCUGACGUGGAGCAGCACGCUGACGGGGAACAGCAGGCUGACGUGGAGCAACUCACUGACGUGGAGCAGCAUGCUGACGUGGAACAAAAUGGUGAUGUGGAUCAAAAUGAUGACGUGGAGGAGCACGAUGACGUGGCACAAAAUGAUGGUGUGGAGCAAAACGAUGACAUGGAGGAAAAUAAUGACGUGGAGCAAAAAGAUGACGUGGAGGAUAAUGAUGACGCAGAGCAGAAUGCUGACGUGGAGAAGAAUGAUGACGCAGAGAAAAAUGCUGACGUGGAGAAGAAUGAUGACGUGGAGCAGAAUGGUGACGUGGAGCAGAAUGAUGAUGUGAAGCAGAAUGGUGACGUGGAGCAGAAUGGUGACGUGGAGCAGAAUGAUGAUGUGAAGCAGAAUGGUGACGUGGAGCAGAAUGAUGGCGUGGAGCAGAAUGGUGACGUGGAGCAGAAUGAUGGCGUGGAGCAGAAUGGUGACGUGGAGCAGAAUGGUGACGUGGAGCAGAAUGAUGGUGUGGAGCAGAAUGUUGGUGUGGAGGAAAACGAUGACAUGGAGGAAAACAAUGACGUGGAGGAAAAUGAUGAAGUGGAGCAAAAUGAUGAAGUGGAGCAAAAUGAUGACGUGGAGCAAAAUGAUGACGUGGAGCAAAAUGAUGACGUGGUGCAAAUUGAUUACAUGGAGCAAUAUGAUGGUGUGGAGGAAAAUGAUGACGUGGAGCAAAAUGAUGACGUGGAGCAAAAUGAUGACGUGGAGCAAAAUGAUGACGUGGAGCAGAUUGAUUACGUGGAGCAAAAUGAUGACGUGGAGCAAAAUGAUGAGGUGGAGCAAAUUGAUGGCAUGGAGGAAUGUGCUGACACGGAGGGGAACAGUGACGUGGAUGAAGGAGGUGACAUGGAGAAGAGGGAUGACGUGGAGGGGGCUGAUGGCUUGGAAGAAUGCUGUGUGGAAGAGAGUGGUGACGUGGUGAUGAGUGACUUGGGGGGGAGUGGAUAUGUGGAGGACAGUGAUGACGUGGAGGGGAUUGCAGGCGCGGAGGAACUUGGUGACAAGGGCGAGCACGCUAGAGAGGACGGUGCGGCGGACGGUGCGGGGAAGACCGAGGAGGGAUUACGCUGCAUUGCGGCGGCGCCACGUGCCACGCUUGAUGCUGCUGUUCUACCUGGGACGCCCCAAUCCCACUCCGGCAGUGGCAAGCGCGUGGCGGCAGCUGCGGCGAGUGCAGCGGCGGCAGCAUUGAAGGCGGCGGCCGUAGCCGCAGCUGCCGCUGCUGCUGCCAAGUGCGCUGCUGCCCGCCUGUCGCGCGUGUCCGAUGCUCUUGCGUGGGACAGCCGAGGGGGGCAGGGAGGCGUGGUGAAGGCAAAGACGAGGGCCAAGGGGGGAAGCGAGGGGGGUGAGUGUACCCAUGGCACCAAGGAACGCACGGCGUUGGUCAGCAGUGCUGGCUCGCGGGAGCGCGGGCGAAAAGUGGAAGGAACGGGCGAGUGGGGGGGGGUGGGUAAGCCCAGUGGAACAGAGAAAGGGCGCGGAGCAGCAGGCAGUAGUGAGGGCGUGGGGAUGCAUGCGGAGGAGCAUGGAGGCAGAGUGGGAAGUGGCGGGUACGUGCAGGUGGGCGGCAGGCGCAUGGAUGCGGGGGAGUGGCUGAUGAGAGAGGCAGCAAAGCACGGCACAGAGAUGCUUGUGACCGUGGCCGCUGCUGCUGCCUCCGCGGAGUGCCGCAUGCAUGCUGCUAAUCGUGGGCCGAGUCGAGUCAUGCAGCACUCGGUGCAGCGAGGGACGGAGCAGCAUGGCCCUCCUGCUCAGCAGCAGCAACGGGCACUGCGAGGUGUGCAGCAGCAGGAGAGUGGCAUUGUGGAGAAGCAGCAGGAUCAGCAGCACAGCCCCCAGAACCAGCACCCUCCACAGCAGCAGCAGGAGGAGGAGGAGAAGAAAGGGCAGAGCAGCAGCUGCGAGGUGUGGCGGCCAGAGGAUGGGCUGGGGUGUCUGGGCGCAGAGUCGUUCCAAGCACUGCUGCCUGACUUUGGCUGGCAGCCCCUCGCAUGGGCCACUGCGGGCGACGAGCAGGGGCGCGGCGCAGGUGCUGUUGGGGGGGAGGGUGCGGAGGAGGCAAAGCUGUGGGCGGCGUAUGAGGCGCAGUACAGGCAGCGACGCAAGGGACAGGAGGCACUGGGGAAGAAGGCGAGUAAGGUGGACAAGGGACGGUCAGACCGGGCUGAGGGCAGUGGGGACAGUGGGGCAGGGGAUGAUGGGGAGGGGGAGAGUGAUGGGGAGGGCGAGGAGGAGGACAUGGAGAUGGCGUUCCUGUUCCGCCAGCUGCGCUUCUACCACCUGGGCUCCUCCCAACCUGCCUCUACUGCCCCAGUGCCAGCAGCUGCAACCCCGCCCAUGCCAGAGGAUGCUGGAUAUGGUGGCAAGGCAGAGGAGCAGGGCAGCAGCAGCAGCAGUGUGGGCAGUGAGGGUGUGUGGAGGCCUGAGCUGCCUCUGAUUUUGGAGGUACCGGAGCUAGAGGCGCUGUGCACGUCGCAUGACACGUCAGAGAACGAGGCAGGGUGGAGCGAGCAGGGCACUUGCUCGUCGUCAUCAUCUGGUGACUCGUCGUCGCCCCGUUGCCAAGCGUAUGCUGCUGGGCAGGGAGUGGCAGAGGAGGGGGCGGCAGUAGGGAAGGCGGGGCGGGGCUUGGUGUUGCCUAGCAUCAACCGCAUGGCAUCCACCCUUGUGUGGCGCCCGUGGAUCAAGCACAGUGGGUGA